GGGGGGCAGCGGCAGCGUCUCGCUGGGCGCCGCGGAGGGAUCAUAAGACAUCUCUCUGUAAACGAGCCGUCUCUGUGCUGAAAGGCAGCUCCUUUAGGACAGACGGAAUCAUCUACUUUGCCCAAAUAUUCGUCAUACCCAGCCUUUAAAAGAGUCAGGCUAGAAGUGUUCCAUGUAGAAGCCAGGAAGCCUGAAGAAGGCUGUAAAAGCUAGAGGAAUGAUUCUCUGUGUCUCUGCAACUAUGUUAGUUGACUGCCGCUGAGGGCAUGGUGAAAUGCGUUGAACAGCUGCCGAGAGUGUGUCUGACUGCCAGGGGACUGCUCUAGAAGCUGGGCUUGCAACAUCAUGGGCCAGUGUGUCACGAAGUGCAAGAACCCUUCUUCCACUCUUGGCAGCAAAAACGGGGAAAGAGAAUCUGGCAGCAAGUCGCACAGUAAAAGGAGUGCAGUCCACAAAGACGACCAUCCUUCGGUUUGUGGGAAGUCUUCAGGGGAUAUCCUCGUCAAUGGGACAAAGAAAACGGACGCCGCUGUAGAGUCUAGUCAGCCUCCAACGUUUUCUGGGGAUGCAAAGAAAGACGCUGUUUCCAGUGCAGAAGAGUCUUCACUCCAAAGGAUUGGGGAGUUGUUCAGGAGAUAUAAGGAUGAACGGGAAGAUGCCAUACUGGAGGAAGGAAUGGAACGAUUUUGCAAUGACCUCUGUGUUGAUCCCACUGAAUUUAAAGUGCUAGUUUUGGCUUGGAAAUUCCAGGCUGCUACCAUGUGCAAAUUUACAAGGAAAGAGUUUUUCGAAGGCUGCAAAGCAAUAAAUGCAGACAGCAUUGAUGGCAUUUGUGCAAGGUUCCCCAGCCUCCUAAAUGAAGCCAAGCAGGAAGAUAAAUUCAAGGAUCUCUAUCGUUUCACCUUUCAGUUUGGCCUGGACUCUGAAGAAGGACAGCGGUCGCUACAUCGGGAAAUAGCCAUUGCCCUUUGGAAGUUAGUCUUCACCCAAAACAAACCCCCUAUUUUGGACCAGUGGUUACACUUCCUAAUCGAGAACCCCUCAGGAAUCAAGGGAAUCUCCCGGGACACGUGGAACAUGUUUCUAAAUUUUACUCAGGUGAUUGGACCAGACCUUAGCAACUACAGUGAAGACGAGGCCUGGCCUAGUCUCUUCGAUACCUUUGUGGAGUGGGAAAUGGAGCGAAGGAAAAAGGAAGAGGAAACCAAAUGUAUUAUUGCAUCUUCAGACACAGAGGGGCUGUGUAUGGAAGAACAGACUUAACAGCAUUUCAGCAUUUAAGCAGCAGUGACAAAAGCAACCUGUUGCCCUUCGUGAAAUGUAAACUCUGGAGGUUUCUGGAAAUUGCCGAGGCUCCAGAUUUUUCUACUUUACACCUUUUUCUGCCUUGUAUUUGAAAGGGCUCUAAAAUGCUGUAUCAUGUUUUAGGCACUUUCUUAAUUUGGUUAUUCCUUUUACUCUUGCCCUGAAAUAUUUGACCCGGGCUACAAGUUUCUUUUUUUUUUUGUUUUUUUUUUUUUUUUUUUGUUUGAUUGUUUUUUAAGACUUCAGAUUAGUAUAAGUAAGUCUGAUAUUUCUUGCACAAUGUAGAUCUUUUUAGUUAGGUUAAAUUAACAUUGCUAAAUUAUACAGUGCCAGAUUAAGUUUUUCAUACUACAUCUGUCAGGGCAGGUCUGUACUGUGUGUAGUGCUGUUUACAUUGUUGAAAUUUUAGGCUGUAAUAAUUUUAAGGUUUUAUACCAAGAUAAAAAGCAGUGUUAACUGUUAACUAUAAAUGCAUUAAUCCCCUGGUAAUAAGGCUCUAAAAACAACAUAAGCCACAGCUUUUUGUAAUAUGGCUAAUUCCCAUUUUAAGCUAACUCUUAGUGAAUGAGUCCAAAUCAUUCCUUUUUUUCAGAGUAUCAAACUAAAUGUUGGGAUGUUUUAUAAAACUACUGUACCUGUCAGUCAACUGAGUGGUAGAUAAUGAUUUGUAUCUAAAUCUCUUACACAUCACAUAAUAAAAGAGCAGUACUACCUCAGUUUUAUUGAAAGUGGACUUCUUGAUGGACUUCCAUUUUCUCUGGAAGUUGUAUUUUUGUGGUUACAUGAUAAUAUUUUUACUUGAUUAAAAGAACCAAAGGUUCUGCUUCUUAAGUUUGCUAAACAUUAGCAGAAGCAACAAAUAAACAAACCCCAAGUCUUCAAGGAAAACUGUGGUAUAAUUCUGCUUUAAUAUGUUUGAUUUAUACCUAAAGUAUUAUCUUACUUGUCUGGCAAGCACAGUACUUCUAUGUAAUGAACUUUUGCAUUAAUAUCGACAAAACAAUUUUUAAACCAGUGUUUAAUUGCUAAAUUGCAGUUAAUACUCCAGACUUUCUGGAGCAACAAUAUUGGCAUCUGAUGACAAAGUGAAUUCUUAAGAUGUUCUUAAUGACGAAAGUGUAGAUGCGUCAUUUUUGGACUGAUCUGGUAAAUAUUUGGAUAGGAGUCGAUUUAUUAUUUUAAAAUGCUUGUAUUGGGACUAUUUGCCUGUUGAAAUUGUUGUGAUUUAAAGGGAGUUUUAUUAACACUGGUUGAAACUUUUUUGGUUAUUGAUGCUACCUUUUUUUUUUAAUUUUAGUAUGUCAACUUUUUUACACCUUUUUGGUAAAAGGGAUGAUUGCCAAGGCUUUCUCUUAAGCUAAACAUUGGCUUAGUGAAUUUGAUACGCUUCCAUUGCACAUCUUUAUUUUCAGAGCUGCAUUUCAGGAUCAUAAAAGGACUUCAAUUAAAAAACAAAACAAAAACACUGAAUAAUUGUCCAUAGCAUCUAAUGGCUUUUGUGCUGUAUGAAGGUUUUAAAGCUAAAGGAAAGCAUAUUUUAAGUAGAGCUUGUCAUUAGACUCAAGAUGGUGUGCUUUGCAAAUCUGCUGUGCCCCGGGAGGGUUAGCAGCGAUAGAAAUAUUGGCCUGAAUUUGUUAAUCAGCUUUGCUGGCACACAGCCUAUGCGGUAGCUUGGGUCUAAGACAAAUCACUAACAAAACGUGGGUAUCUAAAAUUAUUAGAAAAAAAAAUCCACAAGUCUCAAAUGGCAUCUCUUUCACCUGGUAAAAGGAGAGUUUGAUCCAUGCUGCUCCUGCAAACUGUUGUGUUGGGAGAUGUGUUAAGCUGUGGAAAACAAAUGCAGUUGUUCUAGACACAGGUGAGUUUGUCCUUUGCAGGAGAGGAGCCCUGAUCUUCGUUUCUUACAGGUAAAAACACCAUAGCUUUGUCCGUGCUACUGUAACCUUCGCAGCUGCCAGGGCACAAGCACUGUUUGGCAGCCGUGCCGCGUUCUGAUUUGGUGAGCGAGGCAGACCAAAGCGUUCAGGGUGAGACUUCUGCUGGUGCUGUUACGGGGUAAAAACUCUUCCCCAACAGAGGCUGCUUUAUUCACAAAAGUUGCAAAUGUCGACCUGAUUUGAUAGUAAAGGAAGACAGUAUUUAUAAAUUGGAGACUACUCGUUCAUUCAACUAUUAAAUGCUGUGUUCAUCGCUUUUUUUUUUUUCCUAAGGAGAAUUUAAAAUGUCCAAAUGUGAAAACUAACUACUCAAGUGCGUACUCAGUGCAUGCAGCUGCCACGGAUCAGGGCUAGAGUUCUCUAAGGAAAGCAUUUGUCUUGUGGUCUGAGCAUGGAUUGCAGUAAGGAAAUUAAUUUAUAAUACAACAAGGUUUAACCAUUUUAGUGCAUCAAGAGUACUACAGUUGUUUUUGUUUUGUUUCCCCUCGAGACAGUGGUGGUGAAUAUACAGGAAGAUAAAAAUCUUAUUUCUCGUUGGGGAAAGGACGUACAGUUGUCCGCAGCUGAAGUCCCGUGUUUCAGCGCUAGAGGAAAGCCUUGUGCUGCUGCUGCUGCUCAGCCUAGCAGGGGCCACUCCAGCCCGUGGGGUUGCUUGCACAAAUAGCCACACAAUCUGUCUAGCCGAGAGCCAUUUAUUUUUAGUCUAAUUUCAUUUUUGAAUUACAAGUUACAAAAUACAAGCCAGGCCUGUCUGAAUUUUGAACUUCUAAAGCAGGAGCUGAAGCCAAGGUGCAGCUCUCCUGCAGCGCUGGAGGUGGCAGAGGGCAUCGGGCUUUGCCUUGGAUUGCCGAUGGUUUUAUGAACCUCUCUCAACGAUAGACUUUACUUUUUAAUGUCGGUGUGUCUGUGGUGGGAGUGGAGGUUUGUACAUGUUUCUGGGAAGUCUUUAGCGAUAUUGGAGCCUCAAAAAUAUGCCUGUUUAAUGGUUAAGCUGUGAAUUUCUGUGGAAGAGGCCAAAUACAUUCACUCUUCAUUUUUAUAUAAUUUUAAUCCUCAUUGUGUAGGCCAGAGGACUGUAAGUGGGUAGUGAUGCUGAUGAAAUUCUUGAAACCGUUGGAACUAUUAAAAAAAAUUUUUUUUGAGUAUGGGUUAAAAAACUUGAUGCAUGAAGUAAAUCUGCUACAACUUGGGGUAAACAACUCUAGAUAUGCAUUUUGACUGUUUUAGUAAUAUCCUAGAAAACUGGUUUGAUAUCAACACUAGCAUUUUGUUGCCUUCCCUUAUAAACCUAACGAAAUGUGAUUCCUGUAAACGUUACUCCCUAGGAAUAAAACACUGACCCCCUGCACAAGUUUAUCGUUUGCGGCAGCUUUAGAAGUUGGCUCCUCGGUCGACCGGGGCUCAGCUGUGCGAAAUCCCACUUGUGGGGGUGCGUUGCUGAGGUCAAAGACUGUUGUUUCAAGUUAGGGCUUAAAGGAUCGAGCCCGUAGGUGGCCACAAACAUGGCUGAAUGUUGAGUUGUGAGUUUACUUGCUGUUGGUGCUAUACCGUGUGGAGAAUUGCAGCGCUGUAAUAUUGUGCAGCUGUAAUGCAGGAGAAGACGCGCGGGUGCGGCGGGGGUAGGAGCGGGUGGCCCCGGCCUCCCCAGGCUGCGGCAGCGGGUGCGCUCGCGGAGCGGCCCCUGCGCCCCGGCGGCUUUUCAGCCGGCUGUACGUGAGAGCAUGAAACGCUGAAAACUGAGCUGGAGGAACCCGUGUCGCGCCUGGUUCCUGGAAGCGGCCGUGCGCUCGCUGACGGCUGUAGCGUUUGCGUGGCGCCGUCCACGCCAGCGUCAUCCUUGCCGCUCUGAGCCUUGCUUCCAGCAAGUCGGCCAAGCUCAAGCAGCGCCGGGUAGUUCAGAGCCACCUCUGCUGGGAAGGGAUUCGCUGACCGUUCGUUGCAGAGAGCAGUCGUCGUAGGCUUCGGGGUCUUGCAGCCUUGGGUGCUGCGCUGUCGUCCUUUCUUAGAAAACUCUUUAUAAAUCGGGUACCAGAUUGUGCCCUUGAGCUCGCUCAGCUCGAAAUGUGUGUGUGUGACUUUAGGCUUUCGUAUUGGAAAGGAAGGUGUUCAACCUGGAAGUCAAAGUUCUUCAGGGCAGUGCCUCAAUCUACUGCAAAACUGAGAAAACUUUCAAAUUAAUAGUGAAAGGUCGAAGUCUGCUUAAAUCUUACAGUGCGCAAACACCAGUGUUAAGUUUUUCUCUCUGGACUAUUGAAUCUUUAGAUUUGUAUUGUCAACUGAAGUAAAAUACCUGAAAUUGUAAGCCAGAAGGUUGCAACUCCAUCACCAUGAAGUACAUAGGUAUCUCUACCUCUUGUUCUUAGACUUGAACAGUUUAAGGUUACCACCUUUUUCUGCCAGGAUUUUAUGCCUGGAGGAGUAAUCUGUUUUUUUAAUUGACCCCAGUUAAGUAUUAUCUAUUUGCUGUACUCUUUGGUUUGCUGCGUUUAAUCUGCAUGUGGUCGACCGUUGAAAAGGGGCCGAGUCGGACUGUGACGGCGGUGUAAAUCCCCCGGGACGCUGGUUUUGGAGCGGAGUGGAGUCGCCGGCGGCCCGGGGUCUGCCGCCUGCCUCGGCUCCCUGUACUGGCAGCAGGGCUGGCCGGCGGCCUGCCCGUUUGCCCUCAAAGCUUUCGGACCCCACUCGAUGCAGUGCCGUGAGCGUGUUUGUCUUGUGAUGAAAACCAGUGCGUUUGCUCCACGUUGGGCUGUGCCUGUGCCGCCGAAGGAAGCUGGCGGCUGCGGAAGUGUAACGGUUACCUGCUUCCCUUCUUAUCCCUAAGGCCAAUAGCUCGGUCAGGAUAAAGCCCUUGCACUCGGAGCAAAGCUGGGAGCUCUGGAGCGCGUUGGAGAUGCCCUGCUGUUUUCAGUGCUCAGUUGCAUGCACUGAUGCAGUUAGGUGGCAUCUCUUUAUCGUGCAACACAUCUGCCUCCUUCCCUCUCCUCCCCAAAGAAAACUGCAGCGCAGUUACUGUCAUUGUAAAUCUGAAAUAGAUGCCAUGCUGUAGCAAGUGUUGCUACCAAAAUAUUCUUCCAACUUUAGGGCUGCUUGAGAGAGUGUGAAGUCUUGCACUAUUUGUCUUGCACAUAUUUCAAGGGAAGGAUGGGGACUUAGGAGAUGACAGGCAAAAGGAGCAUGAAUUUACUAGGUCUGCAAACAGCUUGCCUUAAAUCACUAAAGUUACAGCCGUUCCUCACUACUAUUGCAAUCCUCAGUCCUUCUGUAGUUAGGCUCUAAAAUGUUGACAGGUUCUGGAGGUUUUACAACUUUGUUGUUGUUGUUCAUAUAUGCUUCUAUCUCUGUGUAAUUGCACUCUACAGAUAAGCCCUUUCUGGAUAACAUGUUAAUUUACACACAGAGAGAAGCAACAUUUAUCCCCAGUAAAUGUUCUUGCUGUAACUUUUUUUCUUGUAAAUUGUAUUUGGACUAAAGGUUGCCUACUGUUGAACGAGUACGUUUACUUGAAUGUUGCCAUGUUCUGCAGUUACAGCUGCUGACUCUUGCUCUUCUCUGGGCCCAUGAGAGGGGAGAUUCUUUGACCAGAGGUGGCAAAUCUGCACAGAGCAUCGGCGGCCUCCAGGCUGGCUGCUGCUUUUUAUUCCCACGUGUAUUAAUGUUAGAAGACGUCCUCGCGUAGUGCUUCAUAUCUUGAAGUUGUGACUUUUUAGUCACACUAAAUAUAGUUAUCUUGAAAAUAGGUUUUCUCUCUUAUCUGUUAGUUAAAAUAGCCUUUUAAAAAGGCAGUGAGCUGGCAGGAGUGUUUUGAGCUAGCUUGAGUUUCAAGGGAAGUUGGUGCGACUUGCAGGAUUAGGUUCUAACCCAGCAAUUCUGGGAUUUGUGCUGGCUGCUCUUGAGGGCAUGAAACAACCACAAGACAUUAGCUGGCUGCGCGGGGCAGACCUGGCAGCGUGAACACGCUGUUUGAUGCGGUUAGGCUUCUUGGCAUACUUGCUUGUGGAUCUCUGCCCCAGGCUCAUCGCGAGUCACUCUUUUUAUGGAAGGAAUGUGUUUUGAUAGUGCAUCUUCUCCCAGAGAAGUAACUACUUCUAACUAAGGAAAUAAUGAAAGCACAACUUUGGCUUUCGUUGAAUUGUAUGUGAAUGCAACUAGUUGAUCAGUCUCUCUAGUGCUUAUGUAUCGAAGGUAAAUAGGAUCAAAUCUGCCAUAGUUGGUGUCAGGAGUCAUUUUUGCCUUUUUGGAUUUACCUAAGACAUACAGCACAUCUGGGAAACGAUGAAUGUAUUGCUUGUCUUGGAGCAGAACAUGCUUCCUCUGGUAGACAGCACUAGCAGAGGUGCUUUGUAAAAUGUAAUGCUUGAAAAUGGCUGGAGUAAAUUCUGUUUCAUGUAGUGUUUAUUUUAUUUUAUUUAUUUUUUUUUAAAAAGAGAUGUGGCCAAAUUUGAAACAAUGAUCUAUAGAAAACGUGGGAGGAGUUCAAGAUGACGCAUCUACUUCUGAGUCCCAUUUGCUUUGUAGUUUUACAGUUACUUUUUUGUAUCAAAUUUUGCUCACCAUUGUCUGGAACAGAAUGGAACCAGCGUAUUACAGACUGUGCAAUUUAAUGCACAAUGCAAAUAGGUUGUAAUAAGACGGUUGUCUUUCUUUACUUGAUAGCUAUUCAGAGUGCAAUGUUUUUUGUCGAGUCCCUUUUGAAAGAAGAGCAUUAAGUGCAGUCUGAGUUUUUCUUCUCUUACAAGCAAAGUAUUGGUUUGUCCAUUACUGACUUGUGUGGAAUUUGUGCCAGAUGUAUAUUAAAUAUUUUGGUACUUUUUCUAAUCCAAUCUGCCAUUCGUUUACCUGUGAGAUUAUUGUACAAGUACUUCUGUAUAUCUAAAUGACCAGCCCCUUAAAGGAGGAAAAAGAAAAACCAAAAAAAAAAAAAAUCUUUAGUCCCAAUGUAUCCUGACUACUGUAGCUUUGUGAAUGUUCCAAAGCCUCUGGAUUUCCUGUAUUCCAGUAAGGUUUGGGGGGGGGGAAGUGGAGGAGAACAGCUACAGAUAUCCAAUCCACUGGAAAGGGAAUUUGCACGUUGUUCUCUGCAUUACUGAACAAAUGAGUAACAUUUGUGGUGUUUACAUAAUGCACACUUUGGUGUUCACUUUUUCUUUGUGUGUUGAAGCUUUGUACAAAAUGUCUUAUUUAAAGCUGAAGUCCUUUUUACAUUUUCAAUUAAAA